AGCAGUAGUUACUACGGAUGCAGAGGAAGUAGAGUUCCGCAAUUCACUUGAGAAACCCUAUCAUCUGAAAUUCUCAAUCCCUCCUCCGUUACAGUGAUUGAGUGCCCUCCCUUAUGUUGUUAGCUCUGCAGCGAUGGCUUCUUCAGAGAUAGAGGUGGUGUCGUCGGAACCAAAAACCCAGAAAAACCCUGCGGAAAUGCCCGUGCUUGACGUCUUCUCUGCUUCUGCUUAUGGCGAUUUUCAGAAACUCAGAAAGUUCGUCGAGCAAGAUGGUGCCUCUCUCUCCAAGCCAGACGUCCAUGGCUACUACGCCCUCCAUUGGGCUGCUCUCAAUAACUUCCCCGAUAUCGCUCACUACAUAAUUCAGCAUGGCGGCGAUGUCAGUGCGACUGACAAUGUACAGCAGACAGCAUUGCAUUGGGCAGCUGUGCAGGGUGCAAUUUUGGCGGCGGAUGUGCUCUUGCAGAAUGGAGCUAGGGUUGAGGCAGCUGAUGUACAUGACUACCGGGCAGUUCACGUUGCUGCUCAAUAUGGGCAAACAUCUUUUUUGAAUCACAUUGUUGCAAUAUAUCACGCUGAUUUUGAUGCCCCUGAUAAUGAGGGGAGGAGUCCUCUUCAUUGGGCCGCCUAUAAAGGUUUUGCAGAUACAGUUAGAUUGCUUCUGUUUAGAGAUGCAUGCCAAGGGAGACAAGAUAAAGAAGGUUGUACCCCUUUGCACUGGGCUGCUUUAAGGGGGAACAUGGAGGCUUGCACUGUGCUUGUCUAUGCUGGCUCUAAGAAGGAAUUAAUGGUGAAAGACAAUACUGGUUUUACUCCUGUUCAGAUUGCAUCUGAUAAAGGUCAUCAGCGUGUCGCUCUCUUCCUUGCUAACCAGCAGCGGGCUCAUAGAAAAUGCUGGAGAGACAAAUUUUGCAUUGGGAAGAUGGCGGAUAUUGGUUACGCACCUGUCUUGUUGUGUAUAAUAGUCUUUCAGACAGUUCUCUUUAUGAACUCAGUCCUCGCAGCACCUAAUCUGACAAAGGUUACUGCUGCUGUCGGUCUUUGGGGAUGGGCUGCCAUUUCAUUAGCAGUGGGUUCCUUGAUUAUGUUCUACAGGUGCAGCAGUAAGGAUCCAGGUUACAUCAAAAGAGCAGGGGAUUUCAGCAAUCCUAUAAAUACAGAGGAUCCUUUGUUGAAUAUUGCUUUAAACAAUUCCUCUGUAUGGAUGGGAAAUUGGUCUCAACUUUGCCCCACUUGCACGAUAAUUAGACCUGUUCGCUCUAAACACUGCCCCACAUGUAACCGAUGUGUAGAACAGUUUGACCAUCAUUGUCCAUGGAUAUCUAAUUGUGUUGGAAAGAGAAACAAACGGGAUUUCUUUAUAUUUAUCUGCUUAGGAACUUUGACGUCACUCCUUUCUACUGCCGUUGCAGUUCAAAGGAUUUGGAGUGCAUUGCCGGGAUUGCAAACAGAAGAAACAUGGAUUCGUCGUGUGGUAGUUCAAUAUCCUAGUAUUGUUGCUUUUCUGUUUGUGGACAUAAUCAUUUUGAUAGCUGCUACAACCCUAACGAAGGCACAGGCAACUCAGAUAGCUCGAAAUAUCACCACCAAUGAAUUGGCAAAUGCUAAUCGUUAUGGGUAUCUUCGCGGUCCAGAUGGGCGGUUCCAAAACCCGUAUAACCAUGGGUGCAGAAAAAUUGUUCUGAUUUUCUGAUUCAGGGCCACACUGAUGAUGAUGAAAUUGCCUGGUCUCCAUUGCAGCAGGUUGCCAGUUAGUACUCAGAACGUUAAUCGGUCCUCUCCAUUGUCCCAGGCUACGGAUGACGCUUGGCGUUCCACCUGUAUUUGCUUGUAUCUAGGUUACCCAAUUCGUAUACAUAAUUCCCGGUCAUUUACUACUACUACAAAGUACAAACUCCAUUUUCAGUUAGCCACCACAUGUACAAUUGAAACAACAAAAUGCAAAAGAAAUGAAAGCUUUUUAUCGUGCGAUUGUCUUCUGCACAGAUCGUCUUUCUCCUCAGUUUCAGAUUAUUAUUGGCAUGGAAUGAGAGUUGAUGCUUGAAAUAA